AAUAAAAAUAAGGAAAAGAACAGUAAAAAAAAUCGGGCAAUGACUAAUUAUUAGUCAUACAUUUAUGACAUUCUGUUUUGUUAGUCAAACCUAUUGAAUUACUAAUAAUUAGUCAAUGUCGAAUUUUAAUUAAAAAUUUUGUUAGUAAUAUUGACUUGGCAAUAUGUUACUGACUUGGAAGAGACGCAUGGAGGUUAACAUUUCAAAAUUUUAGUAUUUAAUUUAAAUAAUAAAAGAGUUAGAAAAUUAUUAACGGUAACAAAAAAAAAUGGCUAAUAUUUUAAUGUAUUACAAAAGAUUUGGCUAAUGAUUAAUAAAUCAAUAGGUUUGACUAAUAAAAAAUGAUGAUUUUUUCACUAAUAAUUAGGUAUUACCCAAAAAUUUCCCAUAACAUUUCAAAAUACCAAACCUAAUUAACCUUCAGCAAGAAAAUAAAAGAACCAAUAAAGAAAGAAACAUAAAACCCCCCACCAAAGAAUUUGGAAAUGAAACCCAAACCACCCAUUUCAUUUCCACACACAUAAAAAGCAACAAAUACUAAUCUAACAUUCAAACAACGAUAAAAAACCUGAAAAUGAAUUAAACCCUCCCAAUAUCUUCUUGAUUCCUUCCUUCAUUUUCCCACCUCCUCUUCCUCAUUCAUUAUGUUCAUGUUUAGGGUUUUUGCUUAAGAGGGAGAGAAAGAAAUGGAAACUAGGGAAUGGGCAUAUGGGGUGCCACAAGUGAGUGUGGUAGGGGAUGGAUAUUGUUUUCCCUAUUGCAAAGAGUUGGUGGUGAAGAAGAGGAUUAAGGGACUUUCCAAUGCCCUAUUCGAAGUCUUCGAUCCUUGUGAUAAUAUCAUCCUUCAUGUUGAAGGCGGUGUCUGGAACUUCCGCAUGAAGCGUGUUUUUCGAGAUGCAUCCGGCUUUCCCGUCCUUACUUUGUAUGGAAAGCAGUCACUAACGUUGUGGCACAAGUGGAGUGCGUACAUAAACGAGGAGAGCCCAUCCCCAGAAGGGACGAACAACAAUAGCAUUACCAACAACAACAACAACAAUCUUUUGUUCACGGUGAAGCAAUCCCACCCUCUCCAAAUCAAGAAGGAUCUCAAUGUUUACCUUGCCGACCACCAUACUCUCAGCAACAACAAUAUAAACAAUCCAAUGAAGAAAAUUGGUGCGCCGGACUUCAACGUCAUCGGCUCCUACACCUCCCUCUCCUUCAAAGUCUACAAAGGUCAUAGGAUUUUGGCCGAAGUCAAACACAACUUCACCUUGGAGAGCUUCUACAAGGGGAAAGAAAGGUACACCAUCAAAGUCUAUCCCGAGGUUGAUUAUGCCUUCAUCAUCGCCCUCCUUGUUAUCAUUGACGAGAACGAUACUCCUUAGACUAACAAUAUACUUGCUGGUUAGUGAGAAUGUAACAUUUCCAAUAUCAGGAGGAUUGGAUUGACAAGCCCUCAUGAAAAAUAUCGUGUAGGAGAUGUCGAUAGGCUACAUAAUUAUGUAAGAUGCCAUGUAACUUUUUUGGUCGUAUAACUUGAUUGUGGAUAUUAGUUGGCGACUGGGCGGCUUCCCUGUUGAUUAAUUGAGAGAAGGUAUUUUUCUGUCGGAUGAGUAAACAACUUUCAUCUCGUAAGGUUAUGCAUUUCAAUUUUCAAAUACACAAUUGCAUGAACUUGUUUGCGAGAAGAUCCAAUGGUUUGGGUCUCAGGCAGGUCGGGUUUCUCGAUGGGCUUGUACAGAUCGGGUGGCUAACUCUGCAGCCCAUGGACUCGCACGCAAGAUAGCCUACUGGAAUUAGAGGACUGCUUGGAUUGAUUGGCCCAUAAUUCAUUCGAUUCCCCGGUUGACGGGUGAUAGAUAGGGUUUUCAGGCUCGUCCUUUGCAAAAGUUUAGCAGGAUUUUCAUCGGAAAAUUAACAGUAUUUUUUUUAUUACCGAAAUUGGAGAUUGGAGUUUUUUUAAUUUCUGAGUGAUAUCAAUGGAAGAAAAUAGUUAAACUUACAAUUCUACCCAGGACCCCUAACAGAUUCUAAAGAAGUCACCCAAAAAAAUCAAAAGAUUCUAGCUCUACACGAGACAAAAGCAGUGCUUCACGCGCCACUCUAUGGGCAGCACUGUUGGAAGAUCUAAGUACCGCCCUAAACUCUAUACAAACGGACAAAGAGCUAAGGAUCUGAAGACACUCUCGUAACACCGGACCACCAAUCGAGUCUUCAAUGACGCCUUGACGGACUUGGUUGACCACCACUUCGGAAUCACCUUCGACUAUCACGUGGGUCAAGGAUCUUGAGGCUACGAUGGAGAUGGCGUCUCUAAAAAUUAGAAGCUGUGCCAGAUAAGGAUUGACUAUUCCUUGAUGUUGCAGCCCAAGCGCCAACACCACAUGCCCGUCUGACCUACGGAUAACAAGCCCAGAUGAACAACCGGUGGCACAAACAGGUGCUUCGACGUUGAUCUUCAAAAAGUAUUCUGGUGGAGGGACCCAAGUGGUGGGACGAUGAUUUGUGAUUAGAGAGUUGCGGGGCAGAGGAGGAGGAAGAAGAUAGGAGAAUUCGAGGACCUUGAUGUAGAACUGUCUGGCUAGGGAACGAACAUGGGGUUGGAUAAAUUCGAAGAUCACUUUAUUUCUAGACUUUCAGAUUUUCCAAAGUAAAUAGACGCAUUGGAUAAUGUGGAAUGGGUAGGUCUCGGAGACCAUGACAUGUCGCCACCAUAGACUAAAGUUAACAAUCUGGGAGGUCUCAAUAAAGUUGCUCAAUCCCACUAAAGUCUACAAUCUGGUGGCUAGGGGGCAUCUGAAGAAUAAAUGUUCAAUGCUUUCUCGAUGUCUCCAGCAGACAGGGCAUCGAUUGAGACAUUUGACUCCACGAGAUUGAAGGGCCACUACUGUGGGAAGUAUGACUUUGAGGCAUUGCCAUAUGAAAAUUUUGAGCUUAGGCGGGACUUGGAUAUUCCAAGUCUUUUUCCAAAUAGGAGGGUCAAUGAUAUGCACUAUCGGUUUUCGGCUUAAUGCCAAUGUUAUUUCUAGAGCUAAGUGAUAGCCCGAUUUGACUGUGUAUUUCCCAUCCUUGGGAUAGUGCCACACUCUAAUGUCUUGAUGUGGGUAGCGAGGAAGAGGAAUUCUCCUGAUGAGAUCAACCGAUUGAGGUUCAAAGCAAUUCUUGAGUUUUGAUACGUCCCAUUCCCCUUGGCCUUCUUUUAUGAAAUAAGAUGCCAUAGGUGAU